GAUAAAUAUGUCGUCAUAUCCGUGUUAUUUUUGGUAACUGAUGUAUAAUUUUAGAAUAAAAAAAAUAAAAAAAUUGUGUGUUCAAAAAAUAAUAUAAAAAUAUUAGAUCAUUUAUUCUAAUUACGAAAUAAAAAAUUAUAGUUAAACGAAUUGAAAAAUAAAAAUGUCAAAUGUGGAUUUGGGACCGCGAAAAACCGUUUUUAUAAUGGUUAUUGUUGUAGGAUGUUUUGCAGUUUUAUGGCCGAAAGUUUUUUAUCCAAUGUAUGCUGGGAAUGUAAAUACCUAUCAACCAAAACCACAAGACAAAUCAGGAGGAUGUUGUGAUGUAAUAUGGGAAACAGAUGUAAAUGCUAUCAAAAUUAUGGUAGAUUUGUGUGGUAACAUACUAAAAGACUUACGAGCAUCGGAUCCAAGAGUAGAAUUAGCGUUUGAAAGUGGGAAACUUUCAAAUGAUAUAAUAGAAAAAUGUCGUUCCAAAGUUUUAUCAACAUGUGGUGUUGAUAUUGCAUUAUUCUUAAAAGAAAAUGUUUUGUUAGGGCGUACAUAUCGUCAAAUCUUAGAUGAAUUACGCUCAGUAAAUAGUUCAUUAUGUUUAAAAUAUAAUUUUGGGGUUUCGGCUGAUGCGUUAGGUGUUAGGCAUUCAGUUAUAUUAGAUCUUAAAGUUACAAAUGUCAGACAAGAACGUCCAGCUCAUUUACGACCUGACAUGUUACAUCCAGCUUUACGUGAACGUGGCAGAGCUAUUCCACCAUCGGCAGCUGCAUCAAUGGUAGCUAAUUCUCAACAACCACGUGUGGUACCUGGACGGCCAGGUCCAAUUCCUGGCAUGAGACCAACGAUUGGAGGAGCUGGCCAUGUCGUACCUCCACCAAAACAGUCAACCAGUACAAUGGGAAUUGUGAUGCCCAUCUACACAAUUGGAAUUGUGAUAUUCUUCACAUACACACUAAUGAAGAUAAUGUUCAAGAAAGAAGAUAAAAGCAAUUUGAUCUAUCCAUCUGUACAACCUGAUCCAUUAUUCCACAAACGAGUAUUUAAUAAAGAAUAUUCAAGUGAAAAACGUUACGGUGUUAAAUCACAAAAAGAUGACCCACCAAGUACUAAAUUAGGAUGGAAAGAGAGAGACACUAUUGUGACGGCACUGACGGAUAUGCUAACCGAGGUGGAUCAACGAAGAGAAUUGCUAGCCAAGCAGCGCGCCGCCGCGUCCAAUGGCACCACCAUCGAUACUACCACUGUCCCAGAGCACCAGAUUACAGAAUUAAAUGAGACAUCUUUGGAAAAUAUCAAUUCUAAUGAAAGUUAUAACGCGGCUGAAAUCAAAAGCAAUGGUGAUAUUUCAAAAAUAUCAGAACAUACGAACGAUAAGAAACAAAACGAAAUUAUGGAAUCAUUAAAGGAACAUAUCACAAAUAUUGAAGCACAAGAAGAAGGGACUACAAUCAAAGUUGUUGGAAUGGAAAUUACUGAGAGUUGUGAAGGUGGAAAACCAUGGAGUCGUCCAUCAAGCCCUAUUGCACCACCAUUACAUUUAGAAACAGUAACGCAAGAACCACCACCAUCAAUUAUUUUAGAAAACAAAAUACCAACUGAAUCUCAAAUAUUAAUAACAGAUUCGUUAACAAAUAAAGAAAUUAUUGAAGAUGAAUAUGACGAGGAUAAUGAACCAACAAUUAUGCUUAGUGGAAAAAUAACGUUAUCUGUUAUUCCGAGUGAAAUCAAUUUUCAAAAAUCAAUAGAAGAACAAAAACGCGAUGAAGACAAAUAUGAACAAGUACAAAGCGAAAAUGGUUUUGAAAAAAAACUUUCGGAAACACCCGCCGAUAGCAGUUAAACAAAUUACAAAAAUUAAACAACGUAUUUCAAAAGUAAUAAUAUAGA